AUGUCUGCGAAUCGAGCUCUAUCUAUCUCUAUCUAUCUAUCUAUCUAUCUCAGUUCUUUCAUUAUCUAUCUAUCUAUCUAUCUAUCUAUCUAUCUAUCUAUCUAUCUAUCUCAGUCUUUUUCAUUAUCAAUCUAUCUAUCUGUCUAUCUAUCCAUCUAUCCCAGUUUUUCAUUAUUAUCAUCUAUCUAUCUAUCUAUCUAUCUAUCUUAUCUUUUCAUUAUCUAUCUAUCUAUCUAUCUAUCUAUCUAUCUAUCUCAGUCUUUUCAUUAUCAAUCUAUCUAUCUGUCUAUCUAUCUCAGUCUUUUCAUUAUCAAUCUAUCUAUGUCAGUCUUUUUAUCUAUCUAUCUAUCUAUCUUAGUCUUUUCAUUAUCAAUCUAUCUAUCUAUCUUUUUUCAUUAUCUAUCUAUCUAUCUAUCUAUCUAUCUAUCUAUGUCUCAGUCUUUUCAUUAUCUAUCAUCUAUCUAUUUCUAUCUAUCUAUCUCAGUCUUUUCAUUAUCAAUCUAUCUAUCUAUCUCAGUUUUCAUUAUCUAUCUAUCUAUCUAUCUAGUCUUUUCAUUCUAUCUAUCUAUCUAUCUAUCUUUUCAUUAUCAGUCUAUCUAUUUAGUCUUUCAUUUAUCUAUCUAUCUAUCUAUCUUAGUCUUUUCAUUAUCAAUCUAUCUAUCUAUCUCAGUCUUUUCAUUAUCUAUCUAUCUAUUUAUCUAUCUAUCUCAGUCUUUUCAUUAUCAAUCUAUCUAUCUAUCUCAUCUAUUAUCUAUCUAUCUAUUUAUCUAUCUUUUCAUUAUCUUUCAUUAUCUAUCUAUCUAUCUCAGUCUUUUCAUUAUCUAUCUAUCUAUCAUCUAUCUCAGUCUUUUCAUUAUCAUCUAUCUAUUUAUCUAUCUAUCUCAGUCUUUUCAUUCAAUCUAUCUAUCUAUCUAUUUUCAUUAUCAAUCUAUCUAUCUAUCUAUCAGUCUUUUUCAUUAUCAAUAUCUAUCUAUCUAUCUUUUCAUUAUCUAUCUCUAUCUUAGUCUUUUCAUUAUCAUCUAUCUAUCUAUCUAUCUAUCUCAGUCUUUUCAUUAUCUAUCUAUCUAUUUAUCUAUCUAUCUAUCUAAAUCAGUUUUUUCAUAUAUAUCUAUCUAUCUCAAUUAUCUAUCUAUCUAUCAUCUAUCCUCAGUUUUCAUAUCUAUCGCCUAUCUAUCUAUGGUGCAAAUCGCAGUAGAAAUUCGUUCUUUUGUUAACAUUUUUAUCACCAUUUUUUGGUUCAAUUCUUUUUCAUAA